AUGAAGGUCCUCCUGGUCUUCGCCGCCCUCGUGGUGGCCGCCCUCAGCGAGCAGCUUUUUGUGGGGGACCAAGUUCUCCGCGUUACGGCCAGCAACGAGGAGCAGAUCGCCCUGCUCAGGGCUCUGGGCGAGCGGGAGGACCUGCAGAUUGACUUCUGGCGCGACCCCACCAAGCCCGGGCGCCCGUCCGACCUGCGCGUGCCCUUCCCCAGCCUGCAAGCAGUCAAAAUCUUCCUGGAGUCCCACGGCAUUUCCUACAGCAUCAUGAUCGAGGAUGUGCAGCAACUACUGGACGAGGAAAAGAAAACCAUGAUGCUGGCCAGGGGGCUGGAGAGAAGGGCCAGCACGUUCGAUUUCGCUUCCUACCACACGCUGGACGAGAUCUACGACUGGCUGGACACCCUGGUGGCCAAUCACCCCGGCCUCGUUAGCAAGAUCCAGAUCGGUGAGAGCUAUGAGAAGAGACCCCUGUACGUGCUGAAGUUCAGCACCGGGGGGUCGAACCGGCCGGCCAUCUGGCUGGACACCGGCAUCCACUCGCGUGAGUGGGUCACCCAGGCCACCGGCGUGUGGACGGCCAACAAGCUCGCCGAGGAGUACGGCCGGGAUCCCUCCAUCACCUCCAUCCUGGACAGCAUGGACAUCUUCUUCGAGAUCGUCACCAACCCCGACGGCUAUGCCUUCACCCACAGCUCCAACCGCUUGUGGCGAAAGACGCGGUCCAUCAACGCUGGCUCCUCCUGCGUCGGCGUGGACCCCAACCGAAACUGGGACGCGGGCUUUGGAGGCGCCGGCUCCAGCAGCAGCCCCUGCUCUGAGACCUACCGCGGCCCCUACGCCCACUCCGAGAGCGAAGUGAAAUCCAUCGUGGACUUCAUCCUUGGCCACGGGAACGUGAAAGCCCUCAUCUCCAUCCACAGCUACUCCCAGAUGCUGAUGUUCCCCUACGGCUACAAGAGGACGCCUGCACCUGACUACCAGGAACUGAACGAGCUGGCCAAAAAGGCAGUGAACGACUUGGCCGCGGUGUACGGGACGGAAUACACCUACGGCAGCAUUGUGGACACCAUCUACGUGGCAGCCGGCACCACCGUGGACUGGGCCUACGAGAACGGGGUGAAAUACUCCUACACCUUCGAGCUGAGGGACACGGGGCGCUACGGCUUCCUCCUGCCCAGCACCCAGAUCAUCCCCACCGCCACCGAGACGUGGCCGGCGCUGCUGGACAUCAUGCUCCACGUCCAGCAGCACCCGUACUGA